AGAGGUCUCGCUUAGUACGCAGGUCCAACCAUCAUCGACUACACGAUGGCAGACAUUGGCUCGGCGGUGCGGUUCUCGCUGCUCGGCUUCCUGCUGUGCCUGCAGGUCGGCAGGGCUCCGGCCCGCAGCCCCCGCACGGUGGACCAGGUGUCUGAGGCCGAUAUCCAGCGACUCCUGCACGGCGUCAUGGAGCAGCUGGGCAUCGCUCGGCCCAGGGUGGAGUAUCCUGCACAUCAGGCCACCAACAUUGUGGGGCCUCAGAGCAUACAGGGUGGUGCUCACGAAGGGCUGCAGCACCUCGGCCCCUUUGGCAACAUCCCCAACAUUGUGGCCGAGCUGACCGGCGACAACGUUCCCAAAGACUUCAGCGAUGAUCACGGAUACCCAGACCCCCCAAACCCGUGUCCCCUGGGAAAGACAGCAGCAGACGGGUGUUUGGAAAAUGCUCCGGACACAGCCGACUUCAGCAGAGAGUUUCAAAAACACCAGCACCUGUUUGACCCGGAGCACGACUACCCAGCACUGGCGAAAUGGAACAAGGAGCUGUUGUACCAAAAACUGAAGGGAGGGCCAAAAAGAAGAAAAAGGAGCGUCAACCCGUAUCUCAUGGGCCAGAGGCUGGACAAUGUGGUCGCCAAGAAAUCUGUUCCUCACUUCUCCGAGGAAGAAGAGGAAGAGCCACCAACUGUUCCUGCUGCCAGCAAAUCUACGACCUAAACUCACUGUAAUAUAAAGUAUACUCUCAGAUACAAAUUUGUUACACUACAUAUUUAAGCAUUUUGGUUAACAAGCAAUGGAUUUGUGACUUUCACCGCAAGUACUGGAAAAUAAUAAAUAGUAUGCAGAUAAAAGAUAGGCACUUUUCACAGCACAGCUGUGUGCCUAAACAGUGUUUCUCAGUUCACUUAUACCAACCAUAUUAUAUAGAAUAUUGCCUGAGAUUCAACCAUUUAACCCCAAAAUGCUAAAAUACCAUGUGUUUAAGUAAUGACUGUCAGUACAACUGUAUUAUAAUAAGAGGUUUAAACGAUAUGUUGAUUUGGAGAAACGUUGAUUGAGAAAGUGAUAAUUAUACAUGACUGUACAGAAAUCCAUUUUCUCACUGAAGUUUUUGAAGUUACGUUUUUGUACGUCUUGAUAUAUAUAACCAGUUAUUCACCUUUGUGUCUUCAGAAGCAACGACUCAAUACAGAUCCUAUUCUUGGUUGAGUUCGUUAUAAACGGUAGCAGCUUUGCUUUGUCAUGUAAGGGAUGGCUUUGAACUAGGUCACUGUUGCAUGACCAAUAUUGUAACUCGUAUUCCAAUUAGUAUCCGUUCUCAUCACCAAACUGCAGUAAUUUGAGCGCCGAGUCUCAUCUUACCAAAAAAUGUUUUGUGUUAUGUUUUUGCUCUGUGAAAUCAAAUAAAUGAUUUAUCUGCAUUGAU